AUGAAUAGUCUUUGGCCUGCUGCACGCAGUUCGUGCUUACAGACUCGGACCACUUUGCAAACAUGUAGAACAAUUGAUAGUUUGGUCUCGAGGCUUGCAUAUGGGACUGUACGACCAUAUUCGAGGCCUUCUAUACCUUUUCGACAGAGGGAGUUGAGUUCAAGGAAACUCGAUGGUGAAGGUUGUGGCUGGACAGGAGCUUUAGGGUUGCAAUGCUCGAAGAGGUUUUAUGCCUCGAAAAGGAGGGCACCAAAGAUUCCGAGGAGUUCGACGUUAUCUAAUGAGUCACCUCCAAAGACUGGAUCACAAAAAGCUGCAUCUCCCAAGGUUGCGCCUGGAAAGACGAUAUAUACGAAAUAUGGGCAAUUACCAGCGGAAUACGAAGAUCAAAUUGGUCUUGACUAUCGAGAAGAUCCGAUAACAGAGGAGGAAAGCCAAGCAAUUUUUGGGGGUGUGAUGGAUGUAGAUUCGGCGGAGCAAUUUCUUAGAGUUAUACAUGGACGAAGAGUAGCGGGAACACUGCCAGACCCCGAUGAGCCUAGUUCUUUAGCAUAUUGGGAGGAAGUUGCACAAAAGAGCGCAUUAGCAUGGCUAAGGAAGAAUGUUCCUAUUGAUGAGGAUGAGAAUGCAACGUUAAGAGCCGAACAUGAACUCGCCGAGAUGGAGGGAGGUAUUGAUGAAGACCCUAAGAAGAUUGGUAUAUAUGUACCGAAUGUUGGAGGAGGUCUAACGAGGGGAGGAAAAAUCAAUGUCAAUCUGUAUAAGUCAAACGAUUCGAAAGGGCCAGCACAAGAGACCAAAAGUGUAUAUGGUGACAGUGGAUUAGAUGCCAUUAGAAAAGCCAACGAAGCAAAAUUCGCUGCUCAAGAGAAGAAAAGACAGGAAGAGCUGAGCCAAGCAGAUGAGGCCCCACAAAAUACAGGCACAUUAGAUCACGUCAAACCUCGAUCACGAGUAGAACUUCGUCGAAAAGGUGAAAAUCCCUGGCUCAAAUAUUACGAAAAAAAGGCUCAAGAAACUGCACCUGAGGUCGUUCCUGAAUUGUCUGCCUUUACUCGUCUUUGGCCAUCCACUUUAGUUCUCCUUCUAACAAUUGGAGUCUCGUGUACUUUGGCACAUUUCUACAUACCUCCCCAAAGAGCCGCUCGCAUGUUUCCGGAAAUUCCACCUGCAGUAGCCACAAUAUCUACACUCCUCGUAGCUAAUGCCGUGGUGCUUUUCCUUUGGCGUGUUCCACCUGCUUGGCAAAUGCUCAACAAAUACUUUAUCAUUAUUCCUGCCUACCCUCGAGGAUUAUCAAUGGUCGGAUCUGUCUUCUCUCAUCAAACCUUCUCUCAUUUCCUUCCAAAUAUGGCCUUCCUUGCCAUCUUCGGAGUCCAGCUCCACGACGAAAUCGGCCGUGCUAAUUUCCUUGCCCUCUAUUUCUCCAUGGGUGCAACAGCUUCUUUCGCUUCAUUAGCAUGGUGGGUGUGGAAACGCGCUUUUGUUUCGUCGACUCUAGGUGCUUCGGGUGCAGUCUGUGGUGUCAUGGCGGCUUUUUUGUGGAAUAAGAAGGAUAAUGGUGUUAGCUUUUUUGGCUUAACUCCGGAGGUUCCUUCAUGGUUAGUGCUAGGACUCCUUUUUGGACUGGAGAUCUUCUCGUGGAGGAGAGUGAGCAAGCUUGCUAAGAAACAGAUCUUGGAUCAUCAGUCGCAUCUUACCGGGUAUACAGCGGGUGUUGCGGGGACUGAGGUCAUUAGGUGGAGGGAGAGAGUUAGGAAGAGGCAGGCUGAAGAGAGAAGCAGAGAUAUUGAGGGGGUGAUGAAGUGA